GGAGCACGCACUCAGGGUUUGGAGUCAGUAUCUGGAUUAAAAAUCCCAUGCCUCGACGGGGAUCCAAACCCAGUACCUACCAGCCUGUAGACCGAUGGCCUACCACGACGCCACAGAGGCCGGUGGUUUAAACAAAUGCACUAACUAAAUCUGGCCAGAAUAUACCUAUUCUACACUAAAGUACCACAUUUGCAUGGGCUGGAAUUACCACGAAGAGAGUCUUCAAUGUUGACAAUUUACACGUUUGCAAACUACAUGCGUUCCCCUGUCAACUUCAGUCUAAAAAUUGCCACUACAAAGCUGUCAAAGAUAAAAUAAUCGGAGUGAAACAGCAGACAACGUAUGCAAAUAUAUUUCCGGAUUUGGUCUGAGCAUUGCUUCAGUAUGUACACGUAUAUCAUUGGAAUGCAUCAGUGCAAGUCAGUGUUUAAAAAUAAAAUUGCACUGAUAGGCCACUGUAUACCUGUACAUGUAUGUGUGGUUUCUUUUAAAUGUUUAAUCUGUGGUGUUAAUAGUAACUGUGGUUUUAGAUACCAUUUGAUCAUGGUUUGUUUAAAUGUGUCGCUUACCAUAACGUUUUUGGUGCACUGUGAUGAACAUCUACAAGUGCAACUGUAAGCCAAGUUUCAUCAACUUAGGAUUUGUUUGUGAGUAACUGAUCUAAACACGGAACUUUUAACAUUAAAUUUAAGUUUUAAAAUUACGCCAUCGCCAUCAGAAAAAUUAUACCUACAUCUCGCAUUUUUUACUUCUUAAAGGUAAAACAAAAAUGGAACAUUAUAAGCAAACUGUUUUUUAAUAUAAGUGUAACACAUCACCACAAACGUUAUUCUGUCUGCUGUUGUGCUGAAUCAUUAUAUUUACCUGUGUAUUGCAACAAAGGCUGGUAUUUUCGGAUAUUUGCAAAGAAGGUGAAAAUUGGCAAGAAUAUGUGGAAAUAUUUGAACUUUUUCAUUGCUAACGACAUUGACAAUAACAAGAAAAAAAGGGUGCAUCCUGUGUCCAAAUGUUGGGUCAUCGACUUACAUUAUCAAAAGUCUGUGUCUCCCAGACAAGCCCGAAACAAAGACUUUCACAGCUAUGUGUGGCCUUGUCAAGAAUCAUUUUAAACCAAAACUUUCUAAAGCUAGUGCUAGUUUGCUGUUCAACUCUAGAAGUCGUAAGAUAGAUGAAGGUGUUCAAAUGUUCCUGGCGAAGUUGCGGCAUCUCUCUGGUCCGUGAUAGAUUCACUGCUGGGAUGAACGAUGCGCAAAUCCAGGAGAAGAUUCUGACUGUUCCGGAUGGUGAACUGACAAUUGACUGUGCAUUCCAGAUUGCAGAAUUUCACGAAGCGGCAUGCAGGAAUGUCAGAGAGAUGCAGAUGUCUGUAAUGCAAUCAGCAAGUGGUGUGAUAAAAGUCCAGGAUGAGUCCAAGUAUCAGGGACAUCAGCAGUUUCAAAAGAAGAAAAGAAGUGGUGGACGUCUGGAUGGACGCCAGGAUGGAAGACUGAUGAAAUACUGUUUUCAUUGUGGAGCAGAUCAUGAUCCAAAGCAGUGUGGGUUUCAUGACAAGAACUGCUUUUGCUGUGGCCGAAAAGGCCAUGUUAGAGUCAAAUGUCAUCAGGUGAGGUGGAAGUCCAAGGUAAAGAACAUUGGUAAUGAUGAUAGUGAGGAUGAAGUCCACACAGUGAUGUGCAGUGCAAAUGAGGAAGGGAAGACUGCUCCACUGUUGUGUGAAUUGGAAGUUCAAGGUGAACUAGUUGAAUUCGAGACUGUGGUCGUCGAUGCCUUUUCGAAAUGGGUCGAUAAAGUAGACAACAAGGCAAAGUCCAGAAGCAUCAGUCAGAGAUGAUGAUGAAUCACGACAAGAAAGCAUGCGAAAGAACAUUUGCGGUUGGUGGUACGGUGAAUGCCAAUAACUUUUGCCAUGGUCUGAAGUGGAUUCCAGCUGUUGUAGUCCAAGUUACAGGUCCACUAUCCUGUGAAGUACUUUUAUCUGAUAAAUGUGUGGUCAGAUGCCAUGUUAACCAUAUUCAGCGACAUCACACAGAAGUGGAGAUACUUCCCCAGUUGCAUAGCCUGAUCGAGAAGUAUUUCCAUCUUCAGUGCCAGCUACCCACUUUCCCAUCGAUACACAGAGGACCUUUGGCCAGUUACAAUUUCCACAAUCUUCAGUAGAAAGUCCGCGACCAGCAGUGACAAGAUUCUCAGUUAGGGAAAGAAGACCUCCAGAGUAUUUUAAAGAAUAUAACACUGACAUCUGAGACAGUUUAAUUCAUGUGGACACAUUUUGGUUACUCUAUGUUUGUUUCUCAAUAUUAAGUAUCAGGUUGAUCUAUUUUCUUUUUAAUAUUUAUUGUUCUUUUCCGGCUUCUAAGGAUUUUUGUUGUUGUUGUUGUUGUUGUUUAACGCGGUUCCAAGAUUUUUUUUCAGUUCUUUGUGUUUUGUGUUGUAUUGAAUUAUAUACAAGAAUAUGUUUAAUCUAAGAGUAGAGGAGUGUUGUAAGGUACCAUCAUUACGUCUGUGGUCACUUGAAGAUGAGUAAGUAGCAACCCGUGUUAUUGACUGUGUUUGUCAUGUGUCACUGGCUAAAACCCAACAGAAUUACAUUUCUACCAAAAAGUACCAAACACCAUGGACCUUCAUAUAAGAAUAUUCUUUAACAAAAAUCUAGAAUAAUACAUGCAAAAAUAUAUUAUUAAUUUAUAAACAUUUUACACGUUAAAACAUUUAUAAAUAUACACUACAUGUAUAUACCAUAGUAAAAACAAAGAGAAUGCCUAUACAAAGAAUAGGCGAACAUAAUUCAAAACUAAACAAUCAUAAAAUUGCAUAUAAAAUUUUAAGUAGUAAAUAGUGCAUAGAUUCCAUUUUCUUUAACAAAAAUCUAGAAUAAUAGAUGCAAAAAUAUAUUUUUAAUUUAUAAACAUUUUACACAUUAAAACAUUUAUAAAUAUACAUUACAUGUAUAUACCAUAGUAAAAACAAAUGCCUAUACAAAGAAUAGGCGAACAUAAUUCAAAACAAAACAAUCAUAAAAUUGCAUGUAAAAAUUUGAGUAGUAAAUAGUGCAUACGGUACAUUUCAUUUCAACUUAUUUCCGUGCUUAUAUCCAAUUAAGGUUCAAGCACACUGUCCUGGGCACACACCUCAGCGAUCUGGUCUAUAUGUCCAGGACAGUGGGUUAGUUAAGUGUUAGUGGUUAGUGGCCUUACACCUACCCAUCAAGUUGUAAAAACUUGCUCUGGGUGAGAGCCGGUACCAGGCUGCGAACCCUGUACCUACCAGCCUUAUAUCCAAUGCCACUGAGGCCAGUUAGAGCAAUUCUACUCUCUAGCUGAACUAGAAAUAAUUAUCUCCCUUAAAAGGUAUCCAAGUACGCACAGGAAAGUGAAAUCACUAUGCUUACUCUGUUAAUGCUAAGGAGACUUAAUCAACAUAGAUGAAGUUGAUGAUUAUCCCUCAAAUAAAGAACUUGAUGGGUUAGCCUAAAGACUGACCGCCACAAAGAACCGGGGUAUUUCAACAAUCUUAGAGAGAAAUUAAAGAACAGAUUUUGGUAACCAUCUUUAUCAAGAAAUAUCCCAGAAAGGUAUGACCCAUGGCACUAACUGUAAGAAGCCUUCAAGAUGGUUUCAGUUCGAGGGUUUCAUCAUCUUCACAGUAGAAUGGAGGAUUCACAUCAUGUAUUUAUAUACAGGGGCCUAGCUUCCAUAUAUGCAGGUACGUACUUCCGUACCACCUGAGAUUACAAUUUUUUUUUUUAUUAUUAAAAUAUAUGAUGUAAAUGCAUGUAUGCUCUAUGUUUUAGUCCAUCACCGAAAAAGUCUGCGUUACACCUUAAAAUCCCAAGCUAGACCCCCGAUAUAUAUAUAAUAAAAAAUGAAAAAUUGGGAAUAUUUACAUUCAGCUUGGGAAUUUUAACUUCAAAACUGGGAACUGAAAAAAAGGCCUAUUGAGAAUGGUGCCAGAUAUUGAAGUCAUGCAAGAUGAUAAAACCACGGACGAAAAUAGAAAUUGAGCUCUUGUCAACCAAUGGGAUCAUGAUUCAGUCAUCUAGCCGAGUUGAAGUUAAUUAUAUUGACUAGUGUGUUCAAGGCUUUAGAAACAUUUAAGUUAAAGGGACAUUCCUGAGUUUGCUGCGCUUUUUAAGAUGUUAUCGACUAACACAGACUUUUUAACAAUUGUUAUUACAUAUCAAAUAUAUUUUUCUGCAUAAAAUAUUUGGCUGAUCG